GAGAUGCCGCUGCCGCAGAAGAAGCGCUGGGAAUCCAUGGCCAAGGGGCUGGUGCUGGGGGCACUCUUCACCAGCUUCCUGCUACUGCUGUACUCCUAUGCCGUCCCCCCGCUGUACACUGGGCUGGCUUCCACGACCUCCGAGGGCGCGGCACCCUGCUCCCCCGCCCCGAGUGAGCCAGAGGCUCCCACCCCGGCCAACGGCUCGGCGGGAGGCUGCCAGCCGCGGCGGGACAUCGUGUUCAUGAAGACGCACAAGACGGCCAGCAGCACGCUGCUCAACAUCCUGUUCCGCUUCGGCCAGAAGCACGAGCUCAAGUUCGCCUUCCCCAACGGCCGCAACGACUUCGACUACCCCGCCUUCUUCGCGCGCAGCCUGGUGCAGGACUACCGGCCCGGGGCCUGCUUCAACAUCAUCUGCAACCACAUGCGCUUCCACUACGACGAGGUGCGCGGCCUGGUGGCGCCCAACGCCACCUUCAUCACCGUGCUCCGCGACCCCGCCCGCCUCUUCGAGUCCUCCUUCCACUACUUCGGCUCCGUGGUGCCCUUCACGUGGAAGCUCUCGGGCCGCGACAAGCUGGCCGAGUUCCUGCAGGACCCCGACCGCUACUACGACCCCCGCGGCUACAACGCCCACUACCUCCGCAACCUGCUCUUCUUCGACCUGGGCUACGACAGCGACCUGGACCCCGGCAGCCCGCAGGUGCAGGAGCACAUCCUGGAGGUGGAGCGCCGCUUCCACCUGGUGCUGCUGCAGGAGUACUUCGACGAGUCGCUCGUGCUGCUCAAGGACCUGCUGUGCUGGGAGCUGGAGGACGUGCUGUACUUCAAGCUCAACGCCCGCCGCGCCUCGGCCGUGCCGCGCCUCUCGGGCGAGCUGUACCGGCGCGCCACGGCCUGGAACGUACUGGACGCGCGCCUCUACCGCCACUUCAACGCCAGCUUCUGGCGCAAGGUGGAGGCCUUCGGGCGCGAGCGCAUGGCCCGCGAGGUGGCCGCCCUGCGGCGCGCCAACGAGCGCAUGCGCCGUAUCUGCAUCGACGGCGGCCGCGCGGUGGACGCGGCGGCCAUCCAGGACUCGGCCAUGCAGCCCUGGCAGCCGCUGGGCGCCAAGUCCAUCCUGGGCUACAACCUCAAGAAGAGCAUCGGGCAGCGGCAUGCGCAGCUGUGCCGGCGCAUGCUCACGCCGGAGAUCCAGUAUCUGAUGGACCUGGGCGUCAACCUGUGGAUCACCAAGCUCUGGAAGUUCAUCCGGGACUUCCUGCGGUGGUGA